UGUUGACAUGAUUACAUAUGAUAAUUGAGUUAAAUAUCGGUUUUUUAUAAAUUAUAAACAUUUUACAUUUGUUUCUGACGACAUUCUAGUUCUCUAGAGUUGUAUGUACGUUAACUGUAGAAUUCAGUGCAAUUGGAAAUUUUAUGGUCUUUAAACUCGAUAGAAAUGAAGUGGACAACUUUUUAUAGUUACUUUACUAUAUUUGCGAUAACACUACUUUGCUUAGAUUUAUGUAAGAGUGCGUCAAUAGGUAAAUAUGAAAGAUUUACAGGAGAACAAGGAUUAUAUUCCCAAAAAGAUGAUGUGGAGAUAUUGACUGUAGAUAAUUUUAAAGAUGCUAUAAUAAAUAGUAAUAAGGCAUGGGUUGUGGAAUUUUAUAACAGCUGGUGUGGAUUUUGUCAAAAGUUUGCACCUUCAUGGAAGGAAUUUGCUACAGACGUGAGAGGAUGGAAGGAUUUAGUUGUCAUAGCAGCAAUGGAUUGCUCAAACGAGCAAAAUCAUCCAGUGUGUAGGGAUUACGAAAUAAUGGCUUACCCUACAUUACGUUAUUAUCCAGAAGGAUUUCAAGAAGAGGAGAAGAACUAUGGUUUCUCGUUGGACAGAGGUGUUACUGCAAAAGAUCAUAGAGAUGACUUAUUGAGAAAAAUUAUAAAAGAACAGGUAGUAGGUCGAGGAAGGCAUUUUCCAAAUCUACUUCCAUAUAUUUCAAGUGAUAUUGAGAAAAUAUUUGCCCAGUCUUCUUCUGAUGUUCUUUAUUCUAUUUUGAUUAUUCAAGAGCAUAAUUCACUAUUAGGUCCACAAAUUGCCAUGGAUUUACACAAGACAACAAAUAUAGUCACACAUUACAGUCCUGCAAAUAAUACUGAUUUGGUAACAUCUCUAAAAACUACCAGUUAUCCCUCUAUUUAUCUUAUAGGAAGAGACAAAAAUGUUCAACAUGUUAAAACCCUUAAUAAUGAUGUCGAGAGUUUGAAGGAAGCUAUUAAAGAUGCCUUAAAACAGAAACAUAUCGAUCUUCUGUUAACUGCAGGUAGGCAAGAUGGAAUUGAUUUGUACGAAAGGAGUCAAGAGAAUGAUGCAUUAAUAAAGAAAGUGAAAAAAAUGGGCGAUGUAAUAUUCCAGAUGGAUUUAGAAACUGCACUAAGAUAUUCAUUAAAACGUGAGAUCGGUGGAUCGAAAGAAAUAUCUGGAGAAAAACUAGAAGCUCUAAAAAAGUAUAUUAGUGUCCUGGCAAAAUAUUUUCCUUUUGGCAGGAACGGAAAGGCCUUUUUAAAUCAAAUUGAUAAUUAUGUGAACUCAAGCCCUACUGUUUAUGGAUCCGAAUUUUCCAAAUUAGUUGAUAGUGCUGAAAAUGAAAAUUCAUUGGUAUUCUCAAGUCCAAAACAUUGGUUAGGCUGUAAAGGUAGUUCAGGCCAAUAUCGAGGAUUUCCCUGCGGCAUGUGGAAGUUGUUCCACUACCUAACGGUGAACGUUGCCGAUUACGAACAAGGCCUAAGAGGCGACAAUCCCCGCCUAGCCUUAGAGGCCAUGCACGGCUACAUCAAACACUUCUUCGGCUGCGCCGACUGCAGCAAGCAUUUCCAGGAAAUGGCGGAGCGCAGAAAACUUCAAAACGUUUCCUCCUUCGACGACUCCAUCCUGUGGCUCUGGAUGGCCCACAACGAAGUCAACAAGCGCCUCUCGGGCGACUUAUCCGAAGAUCCCGAAUUUCCCAAGAUCCAAUUCCCGUCACAAGACAACUGCCCGGCCUGUCACAAGCCCGACGGAUCCUGGAACGAGCCGGAAGUCCUGAAAUACCUGAAGCACAUGUACAGCAGCAUAAACAUCCGAUACUUGGGCUCCGACACCAGGAUUAUUCACAUGGGUCUGGACGGAAACUACAAUUCGACGCAGGAGGGGCUACAAGAGGAAGCUGUACAGAUACAAGCACGACCUGUUAGGAAAAGUUUAGUAAACGGUACGACGGAUGGUGGCGACGCGUCCUUAGCACCGGCAAAAGAUAAGACACUUUUUAUGCUUCCUCUGUUUUCUGUGUUAACAAUUUUGUAUGUUAAAAAGUUUAUUCUGGGCCUUAACUUUUAGGUAGCUUAUUCUUA